AUGUGUCUGUGUGAGUGUUUUAAGAAAGGUUUAAGUGCAGAAGCAGCAAUAAGUGUAAGUGUGAGUAGCAUCAGGAUCACUGACGUGACUCAGGAUGGAGACGUUCUGACAUUUGCCAUCGCAUCCCAGACAUUGAACAGCAGUGCUGGGGUUUGUGUUUUUCGAACAUAUAAGGAUCUUCCUGGACUUCAAGGAAAGUAUAGUGAACAUUUAAAUGAGAUUUUCCCACAGUUUCCACCUUUUCCAUCUAAAGCACUUCCAUCAGAGUCAAGCACACAGACCAAAGCACUCAAACAAUUAGGGUUCCUGGCUCUAGGGCAGGAUUGGUAGAGUUAUUGAAAGGCACUGGAGUUUUAUCUCCAGCAGGUGGCAGCACACCCAACUCUCUGCAAGUGCAACAGCUUUCUUAUUAACUCUGAGUCUCCGGGAAGACAGCGAGGCAGGAAAGGAAUCUUUAAUCACCUCAGUCAGGCUGUGGAGGAGAUGAGGAAGGAAAGUCAUAAGGAUGUGGUCAACUUAUUUCAGAACGAGAGAAACAAAAACACUAAUCUUGCUGCUUUGUCAAAGGUUGCCUCUGAGAAAUUGCUUGAUGUUGUGAUGACAGAGCAAAAUAAGUAA